AUAGAUUCCCAUGGGUCCAGGUCACGUCACAAAAGAGAUUCCUGUGAAAGGGACCGUAGUAGAGAACGGAGAAGAGACCGGCGGCGGGAGGAUAAGGAAAAGGUUCCCUACUUCGCAGACGCAGGACGCGAGCGAGAUCGGGUAAGGCGCUUACGCCAGAUAUCACCUCACUCCAACCGCCGCAGCCGCAGUCGCAGUCGAUCUAGAUCACGCUCAUCCGAGAGAAGGCGAUGGCGUCGUCGGAGAAGUAGCAGCGAUAGCAGGAAUCAUCACCGAAGUCCCAAUCGUCGUAGUAUGCGCAAGGACACUCCACCGCCAAAGAUUAUAAAUUACUAUGUGCAAGUGCCAGCACAUGAAUUUAAUGGAUACGGUUACGGCAUGUAUGGACCGUAUGGCAUGGUACCACCACCAAGGUACGGAUAUCAGCGACACCCUCGUCCUUCCCAUUUCCCGGCAGCACACCUAAUGUACCGACAACGUCCGUCAUUUAUGAGGACCCCACGAUUUAGUUAUAGAAAUGCCUGGCGGACACCACAUUAG